AUGCAGCCAGCCACCGCCGCCCCCAACGUCUCCUUCAUCCGGCAAGACGUCGAGAAGGAAGAGUGGAAGUACCCCCAUCCCCUGGACUACAUCCACCUCCGCUACAUAGUAAGCUGCUUCGACGACGCGCAGUCCGUCCUGCGAAAAGCCCACGCCGCCCUCCGCCCAGGCGGACACAUCGAGAUAUUCGACAUUGUCCUGCGCCCCCGCUACGGCGGCGACAAGCGCGCCCGCGCCCUCGACAACUGGUGCGCCGCCGUGUGCGCCGCCGCCGCCCGCGAGGGCAGGGACAUGCAAAAGGCCGAAAAGUACAAGCAGUGGCUGGAGGAGAUUGGCUUCGUCGACGUGGUCGACGUCGAGCUCAUGGUCCCCGGCAACGCGUGGCCCGAGGACGACAGGAUGAGGGAGAUUGGCAGGCACCUCGUGCAAGUGCAGCCGGGGCCGCUGCUGAGCCUCGGGUCGUAUUUUGGACCAAGGGACCUGUCGGGCGUGUUGGACGGCCUUGCUCCCGACAUGCUGAGGGACAUGGAGGAUGAGAGCAUCCGCCUGUGCUGGCCCAUGUGA